AUGUACGAAUUAAAAGCAUGUUCUGUAUGCCUUAGUACAGGUGUGAAAUUUGUGAAUAUAGAUAGCGGUCCAUUAAGACAUGAAUACAAUCUCAUUUCCGGCCUGAAGACAAAUCCAGAAAGUGGUUUACCACACCAUCUUUGCAUUGAGUGUGCAACAUUCAUAAAAAAAUUUAUGAAGUUCAGAAAUAAGUGUCAAAGAGCUUAUUAUACAUUACUGGAAAUUUUAAACACAAAUUGUGAGAUCACUGAACAAGUUUUAAAAGCAUUGAAUAAACAAAGGCUUAAAAUUAAUCCUUCUUUAUCAUAUUUGGCAUCAAAUAAUCCAAGAGUAAAAUAUGAAGUUGUUAAAUUUAAAUGGUUAAAAGAAAGUCGGGUACCUUUAGAAUGUAAUAAAAUACAAACAUUGCACUAUAGCACCUUAUAUGAUGAAACUCCUCAAGAACAAAUAGAAAAUAAAGUAACUGAAGUGAAUGAAACUAAUGCAUUCAACAAUUUAGUGGAUGAAACUGUAUCAGACGAUGAUUAUUUUAAUGAUAAUUCACAAAAGAAUGAUGAUGUUGAUGGCUCCAACUUAGAGGAGGAUUUUGCAGUUGUUAUGCCAAUAUCUAGGAAAGAAGCGGAAGCUGUUGCAGAAAUAUAUAAAAUGUUGUCUCAAGGAAAGUUUCAGUGUAAAGUAUGUGGGAACUCAUAUUACACAGAGGCUCGUUUAAAAGUGCAUAUGAGAAUGCAUGAUACUAUUUUGAGUGGAAAAUAUUUUUGUGAGCUAUGUAGUUUUUAUUACAAGACAUCAUUUCAAUUGAAGACACAUAUUUCUGGGAAACAUACAUACAAGUACCUGUGUAAGAAAUGCCCGGAAGUCAGUUUUGAUAGGACAUCAGCAAAGUCACAUUAUAUUUGGAAUCAUCUUAAAGACAUUCCAAAGUCCAAACUUGGAAAGAGAAAAGCAAAAAAUUACUCGCAUUCUGCUCAAAAGAGGAAGAAGCUACCUUCGGAUUUCCCUCUAUGUUUGCCUGUUAGCCAAGAGGAUCAAUACAGACUUGUAAAGGAGCGACAGCAAUCGAAGAAUUACAUAGAGUCGCCAUUUAAAUGUGAAUUAUGUUAUAAAGGUUUUCGGGAACCGGCUACGUACGAUAAACAUAUGAAGAAACAUGACCCAGCGACAUCAGGUCAAUACCAAUGUGACGUGUGCAAGGUGUACGUAAAAAAUACAAGACAGAUAUACAAACAUAUGGCGAGGAGUCACAUUCAUUUGUCUAGAUCAGGAAUGCCCCCCUUCACAUGUUUCUGUAGAGGACAAGCAAAAAUGCAUUACAGAUGGCAUAAGAAUGUUACGUAUUCGUGCCCACAUUGUAAUAAAGAAUUUGUAAAAGCUUCAACCCGACUUACGCAUAUUCGCAUAAAGCAUCCAUCUACAUUUGUAUGCACGAUAUGUGGACACAGUUUUGUGAGCGAAUCCGGGUUGUAUUGCCAUAAGAAGAUCGCACAUACAAAAGAGGAAAUGGAUGCAAGCUCCAAACUGAAGACGGACAUUGAAACGACUAGCUCUUUGUACUGUGCUGAGUGUCAACUACAGUUUCAUAGUGAGGCGGCCUUCGUCACGCACUUUGGUAGUUCUAAUAAACACGCUUCAACCAAUCUCUCAAUAAAACCGUCCCGUGGCGAAGAAACGCUUGUGAACGGAAAGGCCACUACGCGCCCGCGGGGAAGACCGCGUAGAGAUGUCUCAGAAGUCCUUAAUAACGGUACAUCGACGGCUGGAAACUGUGAUAUUUGUAAGAAAUACCUAUCAAACGACGUUCAAGCUCGCAAACACUACGAAUCGGAACAUCCAGGCGCAGAAUAUCUAAAGCGAUACAUGUGUGAUAUAUGCGGACACACCACUAAGCAAUACGCGAACCUUAUGGUUCACAUGCGUACACAUACGCGCGAAAAGCCGUACGCCUGUCCGUACUGCGAUCGUCGGUUCAGUAUGGUCAGCAACCGAGAUCGCCACAUUGUCGUACACACAGGUGAAAAAAGAUAUGAAUGCCAGCAUUGUGGACGUCGAUUCACGCAAAGUAGCGCUGUCAAACUACACAUCCAAACCGUCCAUCUCAAAAUCCCUUACGCACCUUGGGACAAGAAGAAUAGGAAGAGACGGAAAGAGAUGGAAACAUCUCUCGCCUCUGUCGCACAGCCAAAGGCGCCCGACACGCAAGGGGAAUAUAUUAAUGCGUAUAUGUUUAAUUUAUAA